GUUGCCCCAUAAUCAAUGGUUGGAAGCAGCGGACGAAAUCGAUGGCCCAGAUUCACUCUUCCCGUGGCAGGCAACCUGCCCGGCGUGACACCUACUGCUGCUGCUUCUGUUUACAAUCUUUUGCUUCUUCAAAAAGGUCCUGAUGGAUGCUUCUUUUCGGUUUUCAAAUAUUGAGUUUCUUUUAUUGGAUUGAAUUGGAUUUGUUUGUGGAGUUGGUGACGGCGGGGGAUGGCGGAGAUCUGCUGCGGAGUCAUGGCUGAGAACGAGGCGUCCGGCGGCGAGAGCCGCCGUAGAACGACGAGGCGGCGGAGGAUGGAGCUCAGGCGGGUGAGAAUUGAUCAGCCUAGAGAGCAGAAACGGCGUCGUUUUGAGAUGUCUUCUUCUUCUAGGGAUUUAGAUUUAGAUAUAGAUUUAGAUAGCGCUGUUGAAGCUUGCGGCGGAGGUGAAGCGGCGGCGAAACCCUCAAUUUUGUCUUCUUCGAGCCAACCAGGGUGGGAGAGCGAGAGUCUCCCCAAGUUUGGGAUCGCCUCCGUCUGCGGCCGCCGCCGCGACAUGGAGGAUGCCGUGGCGAUUCAACCUUCGUUUUUCCGGCGAGAACGCUACGGCGACGGAGGUCUGCUGCACUACUAUGGCGUCUACGACGGCCAUGGAUGCUCUCAUGUUGCUACAAAGUGCAAGGAGAGGUUACACGAUAUGGUAAGGGAGGAACUGGCCGGCGCGGAGGAGAUCGGAGCCAUCGGCGGCGAGCGGUGGAGGUGGGUGAUGGAGCAAAGCUUCAAUCGUAUGGACGGUGAGGUUAUUGCUUGGAGCGAGAACUUCGCCGACGACGACAACACAAUUAGCGGUAACUGUCGCUGCGAGCUGCGGACGCCGGAGUGCGACGCCGUCGGAACCACCGCGGUGGUGGCCGUCGUCACUCCAGACGAAAUCAUUGUUGCGAAUUGCGGCGACUCCAGGGCGGUUCUCUGCCGCAACGGCGCCGCGGUUCCUCUCUCCACCGACCACAAGCCGGACCGGCCAGAUGAGCUGAGCCGGAUUCAGUCGGCCGGCGGGCGCGUGAUCUACUGGGAGGGGGCUCGAGUUCUGGGAGUACUCGCCAUGUCCAGAGCCAUCGGCGAUAAUUAUCUGAAGCCGUACGUAAGCUGCGUGCCGGAGGUGAGUGUUACGGAGCGUGGCGGCGGCGACGAGUUUUUGAUCCUGGCCAGCGACGGGCUGUGGGACGUGGUGUCGAACGCCACCGCAUGCGGCGUUGCCCGCAUGUGCCUGAAAGGCGGCGGCGGCGCCGCUUCUCCCCACCCGCUGCCGGAAGAGAAUUCGGACAAGGCAUGUAGGGAUGCGUCGCUGAUGCUGACGAAGCUUGCGCUGGCUCGCGGCAGCGCCGACAACGUCAGCGUAGUUGUGAUCGAUCUGACCUGACGCCGGCGCCGGAGAAAUUAUUUAAUUAAUUUAAUCAGCGUCAGCGUAGUUAAGUGAUCGAUGACGUAUUUCGGCUGCUGGUUUUGAGGAUUUAGCAUUUUUAAAUGAUAUUUCACAAGUUGGACAGUGAGUUCUUCACCCAACCCAACGUGGAUGAAUAUGGCUAGGGGACUGCAUGAUUGUGUUUCCACCCAAGGGAAUGAAUUGCAAUAUUAUUAUUGUUAUUUAUUGGGUCCGUCGAUGAUUUUU